AUGUUGCUUCGCCAAGCGUAUGCGGCAGUGCUACAGCUGUUGAGAGCUCGUCUAGACCUCUCUCAGCACGACAUUGCUCAGACUGUCACACAAUCACAUGUGAGCCAGCUCGAAGCAGUCAAAACGUCUGCGACAUUGGAAGUCAGCCAAGAACUCGCCGAAGCUCUGAAUCUACAUCCAGUCUCAUUCCUAGCGCUCGUUCAUGCAGCCCAAGACCAAAGAUCGGCUCGUGAAAUUCUGCGGCUAGCUAUGGAGGAGUUGGAUGCCAUCGAGCUGUUGGAUGCGGCUCUUCCGAUUCAACCCGAAAAGCUGUCUCCUCCACAGACGGUAGCAGCGGAUAAAAAAUGGGAAGCAGUCCAAGAGCUUAAAAAAGAAGGACACAGCCAAGCGGAGGUAGUGCAAAUGUUGGGGAUGCCGAGGUCAACAGUUGGACGCUAUUGGCACAAAAAAACUCGUAGAGGCAGUCUUUUCUCCGCUCUU